AUGCCUGCUUCGGUGACAGUAGAGUUACAGACCGCAUUCAUGCCGGACUCUAAGACGUCGUCAUUGUCCUUGACUGAUCAGCUCCAAGACAGCUUGACCGUUGACGGCCUCUUGCGUCAUUCUCGAAAACUUCAAGCCAUUGCUAAUGAGAAUGGUGGCACUCGUGUUUUCAGCUCAAGCGGUCAUAACGCGACUUUACAUUAUAUUGCCGAGUCCGUUCUUCAGGAUGGGUAUCACACUUGGCUGGAACCCAUGUAUUUGAAUUAUACUGAAAAGGUCAAACAAGAGGUGACGCUCGUCAGUCCUUUUGAGCAAGAAAUACCCGUGGGUCUGAUGACCUUCACCGAGAGUACGCCCUUGGAUGGAGUUACGGCCGAGCUCGCGUUGGUGCCUGGCUUUGGUUGCGAGGCAUCCGACUAUCCAGAUGUGAACCACAAGAUUGUCCUUUUAUCUAGAGGCUCAUGUGCAUUCGGCCAGAAGGCAUACGCUGCUGGGCAAGCAGGUGCAAGCGCAUUGCUCAUCCACAACAAUGAGAAGGGCUCCUUAUCAGGAACACUGGGUCAGGAUUUCCCACCCGGUGCGCCGACUGGCGGAAUUUCCGACGAAGAUGGCGCAAAAUUGAUCCAGCUGCUGGAGCAAGGCAUUGUUGAGCUGCAGGUUGCUAUCGUCGAAAAGCGCGAAGAACGCCUCACAUACAACGUCAUUGCGGAAACCAAGGGCGGCGAUAAGUCGAACCUGAUUGUCAUUGGUGGCCACUCUGAUUCAGUAGUUGCUGGUCCAGGUAUCAACGAUAAUGGAUCUGGUACUGCUGCAUUGUUAGAGCUGUCGCAUUUGUUUCGGGAUGUCGAACCUGUCAACGCUGUUCGCUUCUGCUGGUGGACCGCAGAAGAAUAUGGUUUAUUAGGAGCAAAACAUCACGUUGAUAACUUGUCCGAAAAGGAGCGUCACUAUAUCGCUCUCUAUCUUAACUUUGACAUGAUAGGUAGCCCCAAUGCAGUCAACGGUAUCUACGAUGGCGAUGGAUCUGACAGCAAGCUCGCUGGUCCACCUGGUUCGGCUGCUAUUGAAAAAUUGUUCCAAGAUUUCUUUGCUGACAAGAAAGAACCCUAUGAUCCCUCUGAAUUCGAUGGAAGAAGUGAUUAUGGCCCGUUCAUCCAAGUUGGUAUCCCAUCUGGCGGUCUUUUCACCGGCGCAGAAGUUCCCAUGACCGAGGAUCAGGCUAAACGGUAUGGCCGUAAGGCUGGCCUCGCCUAUGAUCAAUGCUACCACCAAGCCUGUGAUACCAUCGAUAACUUGAACCAUGAUGCCUUCUUGCUCAACGCCCGCGGUGUUGCCCAUGCACUUGCUACAUUUUCGCAAUCCACUGCGCUUGUCGACAAGCAGCGCGAAAAGUUCCGCACUUCUUUAAAGGAAGAAGAGCAACAAUCAAAGAUUGACAUCGAGUCUAUUUGGCCUUCUGGAGCUGAAAAGCAUGCUCAUUCUAUUUAA